AUGGCAUUCCCACAUCCCAUUCGACGGGUGGCUGUCAUAGGGGCAGGGCCCUCUGGUCUCGCUGCGGUGAAAUACCUUCGGGCAGAGAAGUACUUUGAACAUAUUGAUGUGUUUGAGCAAAGAAGCUCCGUCGGUGGCGUCUGGAAUUAUACUCCCAUUUCUUCCAAAAUUGGUAUUUCCACCUCUGUGCCCCAUUUGAAUCCGCAUGAACCGGUUGAAAAGCCAAUAUGGAUCAAUCAACCUGAGGGGUCGAGCGAGCCCAUUUUUGUGUCACCGAUAUAUGACAAGCUGGAGACCAAUAUCCCAAAGGAAUUAAUGCGAUACUCGGACCAGCCUUUUCCCGAGGAUGCCCAGCUCUUCCCUAAGCACCGUACCGUUAAGCAAUAUCUGGAAGAAUAUGCCAAGGACACGAAGAGCUACAUUCAAUUUGAGACUCAAGUCAAAGAUGUGAAGCUUGAGAACCCAAGGUUGAGUACUUGGGCCUUGACCACAACCAAUCUUCAAACUGGCGUAGAAACCACGUCCACCUACGACGCUGUGGUUGUGGCAAGCGGUCACUUCAAUGUCCCGUACCUUCCAGAUGUUCCAGGAAUUGAAGUUUGGGAUAAGGCCUAUAUCGGUGCUAUUACUCACUCCAAGCUCUAUGACUCUCCUGAAUCGUUUCGAGGGAAGAAGGUGGUGGUAGUUGGAAGUUCUGCCUCAGGGCUCGAUAUUGGAGCUCAGAUCAAUGAAGUCAGCAAAGGCAAGGUGAUUGUCUCCCAGAAGUCCGAGUCGUAUAUGGCUGCUAUGUCUCCUUCGGAUAAAAUCAUUCGUCCCGAGAUUGUCGAAUUCUUGGCCCCUGCCGAACAUGACCGAAGCAUUCGUUUCGCAGAUGGUCAUAUUGAGACGCAAGUCGAUGCUAUCGUCUUUUGCACUGGAUAUUUCUACUCUUUCCCAUUCCUUUCAUCGCUUGGGCCGCCUGUUGUGACGCAUGGAUGGCGUGCGAGGAAUAUUUACCAGCAUCUAUUUUAUAUCGACCACCCUACUCUUGUCUUUCCUGUUCUUUCACAGCGAGUCAUCCCCUUUGUCAUAGCAGAGAAUCAAGCAUCUUUGUUUUCUCGUGUAUGGUCGGGGCGGCUUCUGCUUCCAGAAAGGGGAGAUAUGAAGGCAUCGGAAGACUCCGAAGUCGCACAAAAAGGAGAUGGGAAGGCCUUUCACGUCAUGCCCUUCCCUGCGGACGCAGACUACCUAAAUCAUCUAUACAACUGGGCAGCUAGUGCCAAACCGCGUCCGGGGAUCGAGGACAACGGGAAAGGAAAAUUGGGAGUAUACUGGGGAGAACGAGAGCGGUGGAUGCGGGCCUUGUUCCCUGAGAUUCGGCGAGCCUUCGUUCAGAAAGGAGAGCAGUGUAGUAAUAUCAAAACAGUUGAGGCGCUCGGAUUUGACUUUGAAGCCUGGAAACGGGACGAGAGGCAAAACGAAGUUUAA